CAUCCUGUUCCAGGAAGACCAAAGGUCCCCUGGUUGACAUUGCGGUGUGUACAGGACAGACAGCCGGCGCACUCGGUCAGGACGCAGGGCAGUAAGGGUAUAUCACUAUGUGGCACCCUGCAGUGUAUACCUGCCUCUCCUGGGCGUAUUCCGGGCUCCUGCUGCUGAUCACUGGAGUCCUUGUUGCUUUUCUUAUGUAUUGUGCCUAUGUGAAGUACAUCCACAUGAAGUAUGACCACAUCCCCGGGCCCCCGCGAUCCAGCUUCCUCAUGGGUCAUUCAGCAACCAUUAGCAAAGCCUCGAAGGACUACAAGGUGGUGCAUGACCUCUUCCUGCGAUGGGCAGAAGAGUACGGUCCGAUCUACAGAAUAAACUUUCUGCAUUAUGUGAUGAUCAGCACCACCAGCCCGGAGUCCGUGAAGGAGUACUUGGUGUCUCCGAAUUCCCCGAAGGAUCCGUAUACCUACAAACGUCUCUUUUAUCUGUUUGGUAAAAGGUUCCUGGGGAAAGGCUUGCUGACGGACCCGGACCACAAUCACUGGCAUAAGCAGCGGCGUAUUAUGGAUCCCGCCUUCAGUCACACGUAUCUCAGGCAGAUGAUUGGAGUCUUUAACGAAAAGGCCGAACAGCUCAUGGAACAACUGGCAGAGAAAGCGGAUGGCAAACAGGAAGUGAGUCUACACGCCGUCAUCAACUGCACAACACUGGACGUCAUCACGAAGGUUGCAUUUGGCAUGGAGCUUGGCUUGGUGGAGGGAAACCAGACGGCUUUUCCUAAAGCCAUUUCCACAGUUCUGAAGGGGAUGGUGCAAUAUAUGCAGAAACCAUUCAUGCAGUACAUGCCCCAGCACUGGGCAUUCAUUCGGGAUGUGCAGGAGAGUGCGGAGCUGCUGCGGAGAACUGGCCGUGAAUGCAUCAUGCAGAGGAAACGAGAAUUGCUGAACGGGGAGGAGGUUCCCAAAGACAUCCUGACCAAGAUCCUGCAGAGUGCAGAGCUGGAGAACGGCCUGGACGAUGAGAUUAUGCUGGACAACUUUGUAACCUUCUUUAUAGCAGGGCAAGAGACUACAGCCAACCAGCUGUCAUUUACAGUGAUGGAGCUGACCAGACAGCCGGAGAUCACACACAGGCUGCGGGCAGAGCUGGAUGACGUCAUAGGCUUCAGACGUGACAUCAGCUAUGAUGAUGUAACAAACCUCAGCUAUAUGACCCAGGUUCUAAAGGAAUCUCUGCGGCUUUACCCCCCGGCUCCCGGAACCUCGCGUUACAUACAAGACGAUACGGUCCUUGAGGGCAUCCAGAUUCCAGGGGGCGUGCCCAUCGUUUUCAGCACAUACAUUAUGGGCAGGAUGGAGAAAUUCUUCCCAGAUCCUUUCAAGUUUGACCCAGAGAGAUUCCAUCCUUCAGCCGAAAAGCCGCACUACUGUUACUUCCCGUUCAUGCUCGGUCCUCGCUCCUGUCUGGGUCAGGUGUUCUCUCAGCUGGAGGCCAAGGUAGUGCUGAGUAAACUGCUGCAGAGGUUUGACUUUCAGCUGGUUCCCGGGCAAACGUUUGAGAUAAUGGACACUGGAACCCUCAGGCCACGAGACGGCGUUGUCUGCACUCUGACACCCCGACAUGUAUCAUCUAAAUGACACAAACAGGUAGAGGAGGAAAUGCAGCCCUGCAGAGGAGGCUUCGUUAUUACACUGACCAAAACCCAUCUUAUCGCCCGUCAUGGUACAGAGAUUUGGGGUAACUCUGUGGCGCUGAUUCUGAAUGUAAGAUUUGGCUCUACUUCUUGAGAUACGCGGACGAGAAACAAGAAAACACAACAGACAAUAAGAAACGCUCACCUGACAGCGGCCAAUCACUUAUAAACACAGGGGGAAUAUUCUAGAAUGAUCCCAUAUCUCACCUUCUGGAAUGUUCCGGUAGAUGUGCGCGUUCCGGCUAAGUUCUCUAUUAAUAAAGAGUAUACAUUAUCUCAAGAACUAGAGCCAAUCAGAAAGAAAAACCUUUCAUUUUUAAGUUCCGCAUUCCCCAAAUACCUGUGUUAUCAAUAAGUGAUUGGCCAAUAUCCGCUUUAAUGACAGUGAAUAAAACCUGAUUCUUCCUGA